AUGACGCCUGAUGUCAGGAAUAUGGAGCUAUCUGUGAACAGACAACACACUAGUCUGUCAUUUACUUUUCCUGGGUCGAAAAUUAUUCCCGUUUCAGCCUUAUUUCAUGAUGCAAGCAUUGGCAAUGCCAUCAACAUCAAAGUUGUUCGUCUCAUGUUGCUGGAAGAACACCAAGAUGAACUCAUCAUCACCCAUCAUGCAGAUAAGAGUCUUCGGAGUUUCUGUCGAUGGCAACGGAAAAUAAACUUCAAAGAUGACAAUCACCCCAAUCACCAUGAUGUUGCUAUACUCAUGACAAGGCAUGAUAUCUGUUCACGAAUCAACCGUCCUUGUAACACACUAGGACUUGCUCAUGUAACAGGAAUGUGCCAGCCACAGUUCUCUUGUAACAUAAAUGAAGACUCCGGCUUGGCCCUUGCCUAUACUGUGGCUCAUGAACUUGGUCACAAUUUUGGAAUGCACCAUGACAAUACAAACACCGAAUGUAUGACUCCCGAAGACAGAACGUAUGUCAUGGCACCACAGAUGUUUGGCAGCAGUCAUCCCAAAAUAUGGUCGGCAUGUAGCAAAAAGGCAGUCACCAAAUUCUUAGACCGCAACUGGGGAUACUGUUUAAAUGAUGAGCCCAAGGAUUCUUCCUAUGUUUUUCCCAUUCUACCUCCGGGGACCAUGUAUGAUGCUGAUCACCAGUGUCGUUUGCAGUAUGGACCCAAAGCCAAACUUUGUGAAUCUUUUGAUAACAUGUGUUCAUAUUUAUGGUGUCAUGUCAACAAGACAUGCACAACAAAACGAGAAUCCGCUGCAGAAGGAACAAUUUGCGGAAGUAACAAGUGGUGUUUCAAAGGUGAAUGUGUUUUAAUCGGAGAUCGACCGGAAGCUAUAGACGGGCAGUGGGGAGAAUGGGCCGAAUGGACAACAUGCACCCGAACUUGUGGUGGGGGUGUCUCCACCAGUCAACGUCUUUGUGACAAUCCACCUCCUUCCAAUGGAGGUAAAUAUUGCAUAGGUGAAAGGAAAAGUUAUGUUUAUAUCAUAUCUAUCUAUCUAUCUAUCUAUCUAUCUAUCUUAAUAUAUAUUUAUUUUAAUCGGUUCAUUAUCUAUAUAUAUAUAUAUAUCUUAAUCUGUUCAUUAUCUAUCUAUCUAUCUAUCUAUCUAUCUAUCUAUCUCAGUCUGUUCAUUAUCUAUCUAUCUAUCUAUCUAUCUAUCUAUCUAUCUAUCUAUCUAUCUCAGUUUGUUCAUUAUCUAUCUAUCUAUUUAUCUAUCUAUUGCUGA